AUGAAUGCAGAAGUAUAUGACAACCUGCUGAUAUUUCUUCAAAGUGACCCAAAUAACAGAAUCUGGCCAUCUGCUGUGCAGGUUCUGCGACACCUACUCACCUGUUUGGAAUCCCCACCAGAGGUAGAAGGCUUCAUGCUGGACUUCGAGGCUGCCGUCCGGAGCGUGUUCCCGGGUGUGGACCUGAAGGGCUGCAGUUUUCACUGGGCCCAAGCUGUCCUCCGCAAGGUCGACAGUCUUGGACUUCGGGCCACCUUCAGGAAGCGUCAAGGUGUUGCGGAAUACAUCCGGAAGUUGAUGGCGUUGCCGUUCCUCCCGUCGCCUCAGAUUCACGACGCCUUUGUGAAGCUGAGGCGUCUGGCCAACACCCCAGAGCUGACUCAGCUGGUCCAUUACCUCGACAGAUACUGGUUCAGGAGCGGUGUCUGGUCGACUGCGAACUGGUGCGUUCAUCGACAGUCCGUCCGCACCAACAACGACGUAGAGGGUUGGCAUCGCAGGAUCAACACCAAGGCUCGCCGGGCGAACCUGCCGUUCUACAUGCUCGUCCCAUUGCUUCACCAGGAAGGCCGCCUCGUCACCCUCCAGAUGAGGCUGGUAGCCGAGCAGGCCCGGCGUCGCCAGCAGACUACCGUGUACCGCCGCAUCCAGGGGGAAGAUCCAGACGUUGUGGGACCAGUAUGCUGAGCAGGAGAUGUCGAGUUCGACCUUCCUGAAGACCGUCGGCAAGAUCUACUGCCCAGCGACGGUCCGACCAACACCAGACGACGAAUGAG